AUGCCAGGCCUGGCUCUCCUGGGCCUUGCGGCUGUCCUGGGCGUCAGGGCAGGGGCCCCGCUGUGCCUGUCCCGGCAGCUCAGCCAGCCAGGGGACUACAUGCUGGGGGGCUCUUCCUCCCUGGGCUCAGCUGAGGAUGCCUUGUCCCCUGGGCUGCUCUGGGCACUGGCCACGAUGAUGGCCGUGGAGAAGAUCAACAGCGGGUCCACCCUGAUCCCCAGGCUGCGCCUCGGCCACAACCUCUUCGACACGUGCUGGGAGCCCGUGGUCGCCGUGAAGCCCAGCUUGGUGUUCACGGCUAAGGCCAGCAGCCGCAGCAUCGCUGCCUACUACGAUUAUACGCAGUACCAGCCCCACGUGCUGGCCGUCAUUGGGCCCCACUCGUCCGAGGUCGCCCUGGUCACCGGCAAGUUCUUCAGCUUCUUCCUCGUGCCGCACGUCAGCUACAGCGCCAGCACGGACCAGCUGAGCAGCCGCGAGACGUUCCCAUCCUUCUCUCGCAUGGUGCCCAGGGCCGUGGUGGAGCUGCUACAGGAGCUGCACUGGAACUGGGUGGCCGCCGUGGGCAGCGACGACGAGUACAGCCGGCAGGGCCUGUGCCUCUUCUCCGGCCUGGCCGACGCCAAGGGCACUUGCAUCACGCGCGAGGGCUGGGUGAAGCAGGGCAGCGUGCAGGUGGUGGGGGUUCUCCUCCCCGGCGCUGCCCGCACCCUCUUCAGCUACAGCAUCCACUACAGGCUCUCGCCCAAGAUGUGGGUGGCCAGCGAGGCCUGGCUACCCUCAAAUCUGGUCAUGACGCUGCCCGGCAUGGACCGGGUGGGCACCGCGCUCGGCGGCCCGCAUCAGGGCGCCCAGAUGCCCGAGUGCCUGUCCUAUGUGCGGACAUGCCUGGCCCUGGCCGCCGACCCCGCCUACUGUGUCUCGCUGGACACGGAGCGGCCAGGCCUGGAGGAGCACGUGGUGGGGCCGCGCUGCCCCCAGUGUGACUGCAUCACCCUGGAGAACGUGACCGAAGGGCUGCUGCACCGCCAGACCUUCGCGGCCUUCGCAGCCGUGUACGGCGUGGCCCAGGCGCUCCACGACACGCUGCUCCACGACACCUCGGGCUGCCCUGGGCGGGAGCCCGUGCGGCCCUGGCAGCUCCUGGAGAACACACACAACCUGAGCCUGCGGUUCGACAGCAACGGGAACAUGGACGUGGAUCAUGGCCUGAAGCCGUGGGCACGGCGGGACCGGACGCCCACACUGCGCACCGUGGGCACCUUCAACGGCAGCCUGCAGCGCGCACCCCAGGUGAGCUGGAACAUGCGGGGAAAGCAGGAGCCCGGGCCCCAGUGCUCGCGGCAGUGCAAGGAGGGCCAGGUGCGCCGCGUGAAGGGCUUCCACUCCUGCUGUUACGACAGCGCCGACUGCAAGGCUGGCAGCUACCAGCGCCACCCAGGUGACGCCCUCUGUGGCAAGUGUGACCAGGACCACGGGUCCCCGGACUGCAGCACCGGUGCCUCUCCCGCCAGCCCAAGUUCCUGGGGUGCUUCUGCUCUGGGCCCGGCUCUGGGCCUGGUGCUGGCAGCCUUGGGACUCUUCAUCUGGCGCCAGCGCAGCCCAUGGUUCGGGCCUCGGGGGGCCACAGGCCUGCUCUGCCUGGGCCUCGUCUGCCUUGGCGUCCUCCUGUUUCCCGGCCAGCCCAGCCCUGCCCCACCGCCCGCCCACCGGCUGCCGGAGGACACACCCUUCCUGCAGGCGGCUGAGAUCCUCGUGGGGUCAGAGCUGCUGCCGAGCUGGGCAGACCGGCUCUGCAGCCGCCUGUGGGGCGUUGGCUGGUAGGUCCCGCCAGAGGUGGCGACAGGCUGGCAAGUGCCGCCCACGGAGGGGCUGGUGCACUGCCACGUGCGCUCCUGGGUCAGCUUCGGCCUGGUGCACGCCACCAACGCCACGCUGGCUUUUCUCUGCUUCCUGGGCACCUUCCCGGUAAAGAGCCGGCCCGGGGGCUGCCACGGCGCCCGCGGCCUGACCUCUGCCACGCGCUACUUCAUCACCUGGGUCUCCUUCGUCCCCCUUGCCGACGUGCACGUGGUCUCCCAGCCCACUGUGCAGAUGGGCGCCAUCCUCUUCUGUGUGCUGGGCAUCCUGGGCACCUUCCACCUGCCUAAGUGCUACCUGCUGCUCUGGCGGCCAGACCUCAACACUCCUGAGUUCUUCCUGGGAGGGUCCUGGCGAUGCCAGAGGGCGAGGCGGCAGCGGGGGCGGGGAGGAGACUCAGGGAAAAAACAAGCAACCCCUGACCCAGUGACCUCACCCCAGUGA